AUGGCCGCACACAUCGACGAAGCAAACGGAUCAGACGCAACAGGCGACGGCACAGCCCAGAAACCAUUCCAGUCCAUCCUCGGAGCAUACGCCGCAAGAGGGACAAGCACACUCGACUGUCUGCUCCUCAAACAGGACGGCUACCAGCCCCCGAGCGCAACAGCACUCAAACGAGCCAAGAAGGCACUCGAGAUCCAGACCAAGAAGGCAGCCAAACAACCCACCCCAAAGAACGAGGGCGGCGAAGAGAAGAAAGCCCCCAUCGAACUCCACGAAACCGCCGGCAUCGCCAAACGCAUCAAGAUCCACCAGGCCACAGAGAACAGGGACAUCAAAGUCCGGCUGUUCGGAUGGGUGCACCGGCUCAGACAACAGAAGUCGCUCAUCUUCCUCGUCCUCAGAGACGGCUCAGGAUUCAUCCAAUGCGUCCUCACCGGCAAACUAGCCCAGACCCACCACGCCCUCACCCUGACCACCGAAUCAACGGUCCAGAUCACCGGCAAGAUCGUCCAGGUGCCCGCGGGCAAGAGCGCCCCGGAUGGCCACGAGCUGCAGGCGGACUGGUGGACGAUCGUCGGCCGGGCCCCGGGCGACGCGGAGGCCUUCACCAACCAGAUCUCCGAGGACUCCGCCCCUGACACCCUCGCCGACCGCCGCCACCUCGUCAUCCGCGGCGAGACCGCCUCCGCCGUCCUCAAGGUCCGCGCAGCCCUCCUCGACGCCUUCCGCAGAUCGUACGCUCGCAUGGCCAUCACCGAGGUCACCCCGCCGUGCAUGGUCCAGACCCAAGUCGAGGGCGGAUCGACCUUGUUCGAGUUCGGAUACUACGGCGAGAAAGCCUAUCUCACCCAGAGCUCCCAGCUCUAUCUCGAGACCUGUCUGCCGAGCCUGGGCGACUGUUUCUGCAUCCAAGAGAGCUUCCGGGCCGAGAAAAGUAAAACUCGGCGUCAUUUGAGCGAAUACACCCAUCUCGAGGGCGAGCUUGCGUUCAUCAGCUUCGAAGAGCUCCUCGCGCACAUCGAAGAACUGAUCUGCUCGACGCUCAGCACCUUGCUGGAGGAGCCCAAGAUCAAGAGUCUAGUCGAGAGUCUGAACCCGAACUUCGCCCUCCCCCGCCGGCCGUUCAAGCGGAUGGAGUACCGGGCGGCGAUCGACUGGCUCAACGAGCGCGGGAUCACGAAGAGCGAGGAGGACGGGGGCGGGGCGUUUACGCUGCAGGACGACAUCCCCGAGGCGCCCGAGCGGCUGAUGACCGACACCAUCGGCGAGCCCAUCUUCCUCAUCAACUUCCCCAAGGAGAUCAAGGCCUUCUACAUGAAACGCAUCCCCGGUAACGAGGCCUUCACCGAGAGCGUCGACGUCCUCAUGCCCGGCGUCGGCGAGAUCGUCGGCGGGUCGAUGCGCAUGACCGGCUACGACGAGCUCCUCGCCGCUUACAAGGCCGCCGGCAUCCCCCCCGAACCCUACUACUGGUACACCGACCAACGCAAAUACGGGACCUGCGAACACGGCGGAUACGGCCUCGGCGUCGAACGGUUCUUGGCGUGGCUGCUAGCCCGCCCCCACGUCCGCGAAUGCUCCUUGUAUCCCCGAUACACGUCCCGCUGCACGCCCUAG